AUGGUCAACAUUGCUUCCACCUGCGCGUCAACCCUGGCCGCCUCUGCCAUCCUUACAGGCACCAACCUCACCGGCCAGGUUACGUUUAUCGACGACGGCGACAGCGUCAGCGUCAAGGGUACCAUCUACGGCCUCGCGCCCUCGGCGCUGCACGGCUUCCACGUCCACACGUACGGCGACGUCUCUGGCCCGGGCUGCCUUGCCACUGGCGGCCACUUCAACCCGUACAACACCAGCCACGGUGCGCCCACCGAGUCCCAGCACCACAGGCACGUUGGCGACCUGGGCAACAUCCAGGCCGACGCGAACGGCACGGCCAUCAUCGACAUUACCGACCGCAUCAUUUCGCUCCACGGCAAGCGGUCGAUCCUGGGCCGGGGCCUGGUGGUGCAUGCCGGCCAGGACGACCUGGGUCUGGGCAACAACACCGACAGCAAGCUUACUGGCAAUGCCGGUGCCCGCGCGGGCUGUGGUGUCAUCGGUGUUGCCAACGCCACGGCCAUCCUCGCCCUCGACUAA